GUUGUGACGACGCGUUUAUCUGACGUCACUUCCGGGCGCGGAUUUUUGAAAACAACGAAAAUAUAUUUGCGUUUUUCUUCUCGCCAUAAAGCGGCUCAGUAUGGCAUCCAUCAGAGACUAUAAUGUGGUGGAGCAGUUCAACAGCAGACUGGAGGAGAUCAGGGCCAAACUGCUGGAUCAGGCCAUGGGAGAGGCGCUCAAUGACAGGAUGGCAGAGCUCUGUCAGGAACACAGGCAGUACAUGAAGUCUGUCUUGGAUACUUGUGUUAAGAAAUGCAAGGAGGAUGAAACAAUUUUUGACAUGAUACAAACAUACAAAGAAGAUUUGAAAGAGAAAGCAUCUUUACAGAAAGAGAAGAGCGCUGAACAUCUUGAGGUUGUGUCGGAGAUUGAAGACAAAGAGCAUCACAAAGCGCUCUUAUUCCAGAGAAUCGAGAAGCUCAAGAAGGAUCAGGCCAAAAACAGGGAACUGAUUCAGUCACAAAAUAAAGCCAACAAGGACAGACUGAAGAAGCUGAACAAAUGUAAAGACAUCUUUCAGAAGCACCUCAGUCUUGAGAUCAGAAAAAUCCAAGGUGAGAAUCUGCAGUUUGUCUUCAGGAACAUCAGUCAUAAAGAUCCAGACAUGGUCCAUACCUUCCUCCUAAAGCUCGAUGCAGAGGGCGUUUACCACAUCAUCUCCUGUGACCCUCCGCUGGAGAAAAUGGCACAUCUAGAGCGCAGACUGCAGGAGACCAACAACUUCUCUGCUUUCCUUGCUAACAUCCGGAGAGAGUUUGUGGCACUUCACAGUGGUGCGAAGACCACCUGACUGACGAACAAAAGCUGAUUUUUCAUUUCAGAUGCAUUUGAAACAAACGGUCAGAGAUCCAGACACCAUAUUUAUAGGCAUGAUUAGCACAUAGAUUGAGCUUUUAUUUACCUAAACCAUCAGCAGUUACUUAAUAUGAAAUAUUUAAUUGUUUCAGUUCUUUGUACAUUCAUUGAUUUUGUAAUUUUAAGUCAUAAAAUUAAAAAAGUCUUA